AUGUCGGCCUGCAGCAAAAUCCGCCACAUCGUCCGGAUCCGGCAGAUGCUCCGGCGGUGGCGGAAGAAGGCGGCGACGUCGGCUCGCCAGGCCCCUGCCGACGUGCCAGCUGGGCACGUGGCUGUAGCCGUGGGCUCGGGCCGCNGGCGGUUCGUCAUCCGAGCCGCCUACCUGAACCACCCUCUGUUCAGGAAGCUCCUGGUUCGGGCCGAAGAGGAGUACGGGUUCGGUAAUCCGGGCCCACUGGCCCUCCCUUGCGACGAGUCCCUGUUUGAGGAUAUCCUGAGGUACGUGGCCCGAACAGAGUCGGAUACGCACUGCCCGGCCCGGUUCAUGAGCUUCGAGGAUUUCCAGAGAUACUGCCGCGUGGAAUUUAGGAGUAAUUUAGAGUUUUGGGCCGAAUCUCGGCCCCUUCUUCAAGGUGGGCCUGAUAGGCCCAUUUUGUGA